CGUAGCUCCAGUUCAGUAUAAAUUUAAUGUGCACUACAGAUCCAGGGUAACCGAGUCCUCCGGAAACAAGCACGGUUCGCUGAGAGCAGCAAUCGGACGAUGAGGAAGUGGACGAUCCCUUCCGUUCUGUUCCUCCUUUGCCUUCUCUUUCUUCUUCCGGAUCAAGGUCGGAAGUUACACGCCAAUGCGGAGGGUGAUUCGGAGGAACUGGUAGAUCCGCCCAAGGUUGAAGAAAAGAUUGGUGCUGUUCCGAAUGGUUUAUCCACCGACUCCGAUGUGGCUAACAGGGAAGCUGAGUCGAUGUCCAGGAAGUCGCUCCGCAGUAAUGCGGAGAAGUUUGAGUUUCAGGCUGAGGUGUCUCGCCUUAUGGACAUCAUUAUUAACUCACUUUACAGCAAUAAAGAUAUUUUCUUGAGGGAGUUAAUCUCCAAUGCUUCUGAUGCACUGGACAAGAUUAGGUUCCUGUCACUCACAGAUAAGGAAAUUCUGGGUGAGGGUGAUUCUGCCAAGCUUGAGAUUCAGAUUAAAUUGGACAAAGAAAAGAAGAUCCUGUCGAUUCGUGAUAGAGGUAUAGGUAUGACGAAGGAGGAUUUGAUCAAGAACUUGGGAACAAUUGCUAAAUCUGGAACUUCAGCUUUUGUGGAAAAAAUGCAGACAAGUGGAGACCUUAAUCUCAUUGGGCAGUUUGGUGUUGGAUUCUACUCGGUUUAUCUUGUUGCUGAUUAUGUUGAAGUCAUCAGCAAACACAACGAUGAUAAACAGUAUGUUUGGGAAUCCAAGGCUGAUGGAGCGUUUGCAAUUUCUGAGGAUACAUGGAAUGAACCACUUGGGCGUGGAACUGAAAUCAAAUUGCAUCUUAGAGAGGAAGCUGGGGAAUAUCUGGAGGAGAGCAAACUAAAGGAAUUGGUGAAGAAAUACUCUGAGUUUAUCAACUUCCCCAUAUAUCUGUGGGCAAGCAAAGAGGUCGAUGUAGAGGUUCCUGCAGAUGAAGCUGACUCAAGCGAUGAUGAAGCUGAAAGCAGUGCUUCAGAGGAAGAAAAGGAAGAUGAGGAGAAAGAUGAAGAUGAAGGUGAGAAAAAACCCAAGACAAAGACAAUCAAAGAAACAACAUAUGAAUGGGAGCUUUUGAAUGAUGUGAAAGCCAUAUGGUUAAGGAAUCCAAAGGAGGUGACAGAUGAAGAGUACACAAAAUUCUAUCAUUCUUUAGCAAAGGACUUCAGUGAUGAGAAGCCAGUGGCAUGGAGUCACUUUACUGCCGAAGGUGAUGUUGAGUUCAAGGCAGUACUAUUUGUGCCUCCCAAGGCUCCUCAAGAUUUGUAUGAGAGCUACUACAACACGAACAAGUCAAACUUGAAGUUAUAUGUUAGACGAGUCUUCAUCUCAGAUGAAUUUGAUGAGCUUUUACCCAAGUAUCUCAACUUUUUGAAGGGUCUUGUUGAUUCCGACACUUUGCCCCUUAAUGUAUCAAGAGAAAUGCUUCAACAGCACAGUAGCUUGAAGACAAUCAAGAAGAAACUGAUCCGGAAGGCCCUUGACAUGAUCCGCAAGAUUGCCGACGAGGAUCCUGAUGAAUCUAAAGACAAAGACAAGAAAGAUGUUGAGGAAUCCAGUGACAAUGAUGAGAAGAAAGGUCAAUAUGCAAAGUUCUGGAAUGAGUUUGGCAAGUCAAUAAAACUUGGUAUUGUUGAGGAUUCAGCCAAUAGAAACCGCUUGGCCAAACUCCUUAGAUUUGAGAGCACAAAAUCUGAAGGCAAAUUGACUUCGUUGGACCAGUACAUUUCAAGAAUGAAAGCUGGACAGAAGGACAUCUUCUACAUUACAGGAACCAGCAAGGAGCAGUUGGAGAAAUCUCCUUUCCUCGAGAGGCUUACCAAGAAAAAUUAUGAGGUUAUUUUCUUCACGGAUCCAGUGGAUGAGUACCUCAUGCAAUACCUGAUGGAUUACGAAGACAAGAAGUUCCAGAAUGUGUCAAAGGAGGGUCUUAAAAUGGGCAAGGAUUCCAAGGACAAGGAAUUGAAGGAGUCAUUCAAGGAGUUAACCAAAUGGUGGAAGGGAGCCCUUGCUAGUGACAAUGUGGAUGAUGUGAAGGUAAGCAAUCGAUUGGCUGACACCCCGUGUGUGGUUGUGACAUCAAAGUAUGGAUGGAGUGCCAACAUGGAGAGGAUCAUGCAAUCACAAACCCUAUCAGAUGCCAGCAAGCAGGCAUAUAUGCGUGGCAAGAGGGUGCUUGAGAUCAACCCAAGGCAUCCAAUCAUCAAGGAGCUUCGUGAGAGGGUUGUGAAGGACCCAGAGGAUGCAAGUGUCAAGCAAACAGCACAGCUAAUGUACCAGACAGCACUGAUGGAGAGUGGCUUCAUGCUGAGUGACCCGAAGGAUUUUGCCUCGCAGAUCUAUGACUCGGUGAAAACUAGUCUAAACAUUAGUCCUGAUGCUGCAGUUGAGGAAGAAGAUGCUGAAGAAGCUGAGCCUGAAACUGAUACAACGGAAGGCGAUGCAGACUCCGUGAAGGAUGAGUUGUAGAUCAUAUGGAGGGGGUAGGGGGUAGCUUUUCUAGUUUUAUGUUUUCAUCAUGUCUGGUGCGAGAGAAAAAACUGGACUGCUGCUGCUGCUGCUGCAUUCUGCAUGGAAACUUAGGCAUGAAGACGCAGCAAGUACUGAAAAUCAUAGGGGGAUGUAAAACACAGAUGGAACCACUAGGAAUUUUGGCUCUUGGAUAUUUUCCUUUUUGAUUAUUAGUCGAACGCGGUGAAAGUGCUUGUUUUUCUCA